AUGAGCGAUGAGGUGAUAUGGCACUGCCUCCGCCACAACCACUGCAGCUUCAUGGCCAAGAUCGAGACGGGGCUAUUCUGCCGGAACCCCUACAACGCCACGGGCAUAUGCAACCGGAGCUCCUGCCCGCUCGCCAACAGCCGCUACGCCACCAUCCGUGACCACGACGGUAUCUUCUACUUAUACAUGAAAACUGCGGAAAGAGCACAUCUGCCAAACAAAUUAUGGGAGAGAGUCAAACUACCCAGGAAUUAUGAGAAAGCAAUGGAAGUCAUCAAAAAGCAUCUCGAACAUUGGCCGGAGCUACUUGUGCACAAGAUCAAACAGCGCCUGACAAAAAUGACUCAGUAUCGGAUAAGGAUGAGGAGACUUCAACUUAAAGUGAGAGAGAAGAUAAUGACAGUCCCCAGGAAGAAGGCUCAACGUGAUCUGCAAAGAUUAGAGAAAGCUGAAAAGGCUGCUCAACUAGAAAAGAGUAUUGAAAGUGAACUAAUGGAACGUCUGAGGAAAGGUGUUUAUGGUGGUGAAAUUCAUAAUGUCCCCUCAAAGCAGUUUCAUACUAUCCUUGACAUGGAAAAGGACGAUCUGGCUCCUGAGAUAGAAGAGGAAGAAGAAGGUGAGAUAGAGUAUGUUGAAGGUGCUGAUAUCGAGAUGGGUGAAAUGGAAGACAUGGAAGACUUCCAAGGCUUCAGUGGAGAAGAUGAUGAUGGAGAUGAAGAUGAUGGUCUGGAUGAGCCAGUAACAAUGAGGCCCAAGAGAUCGGGCUCCGAUAUAAGGUCAAAGAUUGGGCGCAAGUCUACGAAAGUAAUCACUGAGGUGGAACAAGACGAAAACAGGAAUAUCAGGCUAAGGAUGCGGAUGUGA